AUCCAUCUUCAUAGAGCCAAGUCGCAUCCACAAGAUUUGACGAAAGUAGUCGAUAUUUUUGAUUUAGCAUUGAAUAAUGGGUAUUGUGGGGUGCUUGACUCCUAUUCACCGCCUGCAGUCAAUGCCAUCCAAAUCAACAGUUAGUAGGAACCUACCCAAAUUAUUCAAUCAACCCAUGUUCGUGUCAAGAGCCAUUGGCGGAUGAGGCACAGACCAGGUUCAAGUGACGACCCCAAUGAACAGGAGGCGGCUGGUGGUUAAGAGGUGGUUCUGUUUUUAGUCAUACAGUACAGUUUUCCUGAAACUUUGGGAACAAUAGUUCUGCCAAAUUCCAUGGAGGAAACUGCAAAUUUUUCGUCUUCUGCCAAUACUGUAAAAAUGGCAAAGACCAUGAAUAAAAAUCUCUGCAGAUUAGCCAAAGUUGCAGAAGAAGUUUGCCCCAAGAAAGAGCAUGUUGUAAAUCGGAUUCUUCUCCAGUUUGCAGGGUUUCUGAGGAGUUUAGCCCAGGUUAUGAGGGAGCUUCAGAAAGAUUUAGAAACAAUGCCCGUUGAGUACACUGCCUUGGAGAUGACUCAACUGGAAGCCGAGGUUAAGAAUUCCGAAAUCCUGCUCCAUGACAUAUUGGGUAGGUCUUCGUUAUAUCUAUUAACUUGUUGCUCAACCCUAAUAGAUCAAGUAAAAAAUUGUGCGGCGAUAUCUGGGGUUUUUUUAGAUAACGUGGUACUGGAAGGCUCUUCAGAUGCCUUAAGACUCCAUGUUUCGGAGGCUAAAGAAUUGUUAGAGAAGGGGAUGCCAAAACUGGAUCCCAAGGAUCGGAUUCUCUGCAAUUCGUUUGAUGACGGGGCUCUUGAUUCAAUUGUGUCUGAUUAUUCUCUCAGCAACAAGCUUGCAGAACAAAUUGCUGAUAGUUUAAGGAUUGCAUUGGACAGUGAUGCUUUUUCCACUGAACUGGCUAAGUUGAAGGUGGAGAGGACCGAGGCAGUAGAAUUGAGGGGAAAGGUGCACUCGUUAUAUUUGGAACAGUUCAUUGUUCUUCUAGAGAAGGCGAUUGCAUCGAAGCGUAAGCCUGUUCGAAUUGAUUCUUAUGAGAAGGUUGAUAAUAUCCAUAGAGACAUUCCUAUGCUUCCUUUACAAUCAUUUAUUUGCCCCAUUACCAAGGAUGUCAUGAGGGAUCCAGUGCAGAUUGCUUCUGGUCAGACCUAUGAACGUUCUGCAAUUGAGAGAUGGUUUGGAGAGGGUCAUACCAGGUGUCCGACAGGGGUCGAGUUGAAGAACUGUAAGAUGAAACCAAAUUUUGCUCUGAAGCAAUCAAUUGCAGAAUGGAGAGAGAGAAAUUACAAUAUCAGGUUGGAAAAUGCAAACGAGCUUCUCAACAAUGUGGAGAGUAAUGAAGAAGAACAGUUAAAGGCAGUGCAAGACUUGCAAGCCUUGUGUGAAGAGGAAUCCUUGAAUAAGUAUAAAGUAGCCAAUAAGAAUCUCAUACCUAGGCUUGUGAAAUUGACAAAAUCUUCCAGCAUGUUGGCUGUCAAAGCAUUCUCUACUCUAGCAGUCCUUGCAAAAGAGAACAGCGAAAGCCAGGUGAUCAUGGUGGAAAAUGGAAUUAUUGAUUUGAUUGUUCAUUGCCUUGCACGGCAAAAGGAGGCAGCUCCUCAAGCUGUAUACUUGAUGAGGUUACUGUCGGAAAAUCAAGACACUGCUGAAAAAAUCAGUCAUGCACGAAAUGCAGUUCUCUUUCUUGUGACUCUUAUUCAGGAAGAGGAGUUUGCUGAAAAUGUCGGUUGUAUACUUGAGAAUUUGCCAAAGAGCGAUAAUGAUGUCAUUACAAUGGCAGAAGCCAAUAUAAUGGGGCCACUAGUAUCACGAUUGAUUGAAGGUGAGUAUGAGUCUCAGAUUUUAAUGGCUAAGACUCUUGGCCGCUUGCAUAUGCCUGAUAGGAGCAAGGAAUUUGUAGCAAGCACUGAAACAAUUUCCACUCUCAUAGAGAUGAUGAACAAUGAUGACAGUGAAAAUCACGAAGGUUGUCUUGCAGCAAUAAAAGCCCUUGAAAGUCUCUCAUCUGUCCCAUCUAUAAGCAGAAUAGUUGAGAAUGUAGGAGGCAUCCAAAUCCUUGUGAAGCAACUGAAUUCAGUAAAGUCUUCCGGAACAAUUAAAACAGGUGCUGCACAUGUACUUGCCAACAUAUUUAGUGCCACUGUAGAGGACUAUGCAGGGAAGUCUGAUCGAGAGGCUGAGCUGGAAGAGCUAAUCAUCAUGUUCUUGUCUCUGAUGGGGCCUAUCACAGCACCAGAUGUUCAUUAUUACAUAUUACAAGGGAUGAUAGGAUUAGCAAAUGGAAAUAAAAUUAGCUUAACUGCCAAAACAAAGAUGAAAGAGAGAGAGGCAUUUAAGUUGCUCAUAAAUCUGUGGAUGACAGCUACCGAUCGAAGGGUUAAAGAAAGGGCAGUAGAACUAUUUAGUUUUCUGUCAAGAUCUUUCGGAGACGAUGCUUGUUCUGCACUGAAAGAAAAACAAGGAAGCUUGAACGUCAUUUUGGACAUGCUUAAAGAAGGAUACACUGAGUCAGAUCAUGCUGUUGCUGCAUCCAUUUUGGCAGACCUUCCUCCAAAAGAUAAACAGAUUUUAAUAUUCUUGCAGCAAGCUAAUAUUAUGCCUCAAUUAGUAAAGCUUUUAGAAAAUGUAAAUGAUGUAGUUGUGGAGGCCAGUGUUGGGGCUCUUCUAAGGUUCUGUAUGAUAAAGGAACACCAGCCUAAGCUUGCAGAAAUGAAGGUUAUUCAGAAGAUGGUUAGCCUUCUAUGUGCAGGAAGGUGCCUCACAAAGGAAAGGGCUGCUCUCGCAUUAUACUAUUUUUCAAAAAGCACUCGCAGCUUAAUUAAAAAACCAGAUACUCCAUCAUGCUGGAGUUGUUUCUCAUCAAGGCCUGAUGUAUGCAAGUUACAUCGUGGAUUUUGCAGCAUAGAGGGCACUAAUUGUCUGCUAGAGGCUAGUGCUGUCAAGCCUCUAGUACAGGCCUUAAAGGAGCAGAAUAUGUCAUGUGUGCAUGCGGCACUUCGUGCACUGACUACACUAGUUGGUGAUGAUGUUGGCGAUAAGGAAUUUGGGCAUCGCUUAAUUGCUCAGGAAAAUGGUGAUGGUAUUGUUGCUAUAAUUGGACUGAUCAGCAGUGGUACACCAGAGGUUCAAGAGAUAUGUGCUAAUCUGUGUGAGAAAUUCUUCAGCUUGGCAGAAUACAGGAACAAAUAUGGUGUUGUUGCACAGAUGCACAUAAUUGGUCUAGCUCAGAAAGGAUCUUCAACACAAAGGCAAAUUGCAGGUAGAAUCCUUCGACAGUUGGAACUCUUACACAGCCAAUCUAAUUAUUUUGCUGUAUCUGCAGCUGGAAAUCCCUAAAAAUGCUUGUAAACUGUUUACAAUAAUUUUGAUUGUACAACAUGCUGGUUUGUAUCUAACGUUCUUCAUAAGUUUCACGUGCAAACAAAGGAGAUCCUAUUAUUUUGUGUGGGCUUGUAGAUUUCAGGAAAGCAUGAAUGGGCUUUGCUCUGGAGUUAAAAAGUUUUAAAAUGGUCAAAUAUUCCCUAUCCUCCUAGGGAUAAACAUGAAUGGGCUUUGCCAAUUUGGGAUUAACAAGUUUAAAAUGUGAUGGACAUUUCUACUGUAUGUAGCUGGUACAGUCCUGGCAGUAGGAUGGUGAUGGCGCAGUCCUAUUGGCAUAGACUCGUGGAAUAUGAAAACCUAUUAGGAUCUCACUGCAUUCUAGAUAGAAUUUAGGAACAAUGCUGAGGGUUUUUUUGUAGUCCAUGGUUACCUGUCAAAUGGAUAUUUGAGCUUCCUAGCUCUUAAUGAUUUGGGUAUAUUGAGGGUGUAGAACAGUGGAUUAAGCAACAAUUUUUGGGUUUGUCGCAUGAAAGAGUAAGCAAGGAGAAAAUCAGCUUCACUGCACUAAAUGUAUACUAUUCAGUUCUUUGCUGGAAGGAAUCACUUAGCAAAUAGUGUGCAGAAGUGAACAAUGACAUACACGUGGGGCAGGUUUGUAGCAGUUUUGAAUAAAGUUUUAUUCUCUGAGGCACAAUAAUUAUCAGUACAUCAACUGGUAGGAAACAAAUAAAAUAACAAAGCAACUGUAGCGAGUUUUGGAUGUUCAAAUCUUUUGAUUCUGCUGAUGUGCAAUCCAUGCCAAAAACUACUCUUUGAAGCCAUGCCAUAAAUAUUACAUCCAAAUGUGCUUUUUUACCAGUUGA